ACACUUUCCAUCACAUACGACUUGAACCCGCCGUCAGACACCACCGCGCCAGCGGGACUCACAUCUAAAACGACGCUGCAGUAUCCCGUCUCCGAGAAUGCGGACAGCCAGAAGGCUUAUUACGAGGGCUUGAGGGCAGCGGUGCUGCAGGCGAAAAGCUCAUUGGGAGAGCAGCUUACAGCAUGGAGAGACGUGGUAGGGAAACGGGAAGAUCAGAAAGAAGCAACGAUACCGAAGAAGAACGAAGACGAGGACGAAGAGCAGGAA